UACAGUUCAUGGUGAAGCUAAAACUUGCAUAAAUAUUUGAUAUAAAUAAAUGUAUUAAAAUGCAUAAAUAGUUGUGUUUAAAAUCAGUUACUUUAAAACAUAAUUUCAUGGAAUGUGAAUGUCUUUAAAAAGAGAAGAGGUUUAAAAAUUAUUUUCUUACGCUACGUUACGUGAGUUCAUGACCUUGAGUUUUUUUCACUUCCGGGAGAAGACUCGAGAACAAGAGAGGAGAAAAGGAGUAAUGUGCAAAUGGCGUAGACAGAGCAAAGACUCCGGGACUGCGUAUGUCGCCAAUGUUGAAGUUGUUCGGCAACAACAAAACAACAGACUGUGGACUUUCCGGUAACUAUUCGGAGCGUUUGAGUUGGACUUUCCGUAUCCAUUUGUGCUGGGUGAACACGAGGCAAGUUUGGUUACGUUAGCUAGCCGGAGCUAGGCUAACGCCACGGUCCUUGCUGAAGGAGAUACCGCCUGAACGGACAGAAGGAGUUUUGAGAGUCGUCUCGGGUGAGAGUCGUCUCGGGAGAGAGUCGUUGACGGAGGACGAUUCGCUACUACCGAGGGAACCGGAGAUUCGUUGCUCGCUGCUGCGAGCGGAGACGGUUGCUACCGCAACGAGCGAGUGAUUCAUCGGAUGCGGCCAAGACUUCACGGAUACACGGAGUAAGCAAUCAGGGAACCGACAAGCAUGACGCAGAUGUUGACUCUGACUGGUGCGCUGUAACAUAUCCGGCCAGAGGAAAGGUAAAUCGAGAAAACUGCACCUACAUAGGCCUGUGGGCGCUUGCAGGUUUAUACUACUAUUGCGGUGAGUACAAACUAUACGUCAGAAUCCCUAGCGGGACUUCUGGCCUGUUUGCCAUGGUAUGUGUCGGGGCACCUUUAGUUUUAGUGGGUGAAAAAUGGGUGCGACUGGGUAAACCCGGCAUUGCCCAAUUAACAGCAAGGUGCAGACGCCAUGUUUCGAGGAAGCGCUCGACAGGCUCAUUUGACCUUUCUGUGGGUUCACCAACGUAUAUAGAUGCUAUUGGAGAAGUAGGGCAAGGUCGCAGCCAUGCCAGAGCUGAGAAAGAUGUGUUGCAGUUAAUACACAAUAAACUCUACUGAAUUCCCUUUGAAACACUGUUGUUUAGACUAGAGUGGGAAAGCUUCUAAUUAAAUUAAAGAUUCGUGGCAACGUGUCAUGCAGGACACAGCUCCCUUUUAGAAGUAUUGUGUAGGAGAAUAAAGUGUGAAAUGGUGUUUUGUCUUCCAUCGGAAGCCUAUGAGGAAUCAAAAGAACCUGGUGAAGUGUUGAUAAUUAACAGUUACUGGAAUCCAAAGCAACAGUUUUUGAACAUUAACCUUUUUUACAAAAUGUGUAAUAUUGCUAAGAGCUUGGAUUUUUCACAAUAUCUGCUGAUGUAGCACAGUUGUUAUGAAACGUCUAUUAUGCCCGUCCCACAUUACUGUCCAUGCCCUGGUGGGUGUGGAUCAAAAAGUGAUGAAAGGGGUUGGCAUAGGCUUCUAUAUAAAAUCAAGGAGCCAUGAAUACAAAUAAAAAAGAAUGAGGCAGUUAUGGGGAGCUUUCUUGUCAGAUAUUUGCUUAUGUUUAUCUGUCUGAUAAUGAUUUUGUUGUCUUCCUUUUUGGAGUCUUCCUUUCCACCUUCAUCCUGUAAAUUGCAAAAGACAUUUAAUCUCAAUGGCAUGCACAAGCCUGGGGAUGUAAUUCUGGGAGGGUUAUUUGAAGUCCAUUACAGUUCUGUAUUCCCUAAGCGGACAUUCACCUCAGAGCCAGACCAGCCUAGCUGCCAUGGAUUUGACACCCCUGGAUUCAGACAUGCCAUGACCAUGGCCUUUGCUAUUGAUGAGAUUAACAAGAAUUCAAAGCUACUUCCUAAUGUGACUCUGGGAUACAGUCUUUAUGACAACUGUGCUACACUUGAUAUUGGGUUUAGUGCAGCAUUGUCAUUAGCCAGUGGUCAAGAGGAGCAAUUUAGGCUUCUGGAGAACUGUUCAGGGACCCCUUCAGUUGUGGGAAUUGUGGGUGAUCCUUUCUCCACAUUUUCUAUUGCUGCCUCAAGUGUUCUUGGUUUAUUCAAGCUUCCUAUUGUGAGUUAUUUUGCCACUUGCUCCUGUCUGAGUGAUCGACAGAGGUUUCCAUCCUUCUUUAGAACAAUCCCAAGUGAUGCUUUUCAGGUCCGUGCUAUGAUUCAGAUUCUAAAACACUUUGGCUGGACAUGGGUAGGUCUGCUAGUCAGUGAUGAUGAUUAUGGACUCCAUGUUUCCAGAACCUUCAAGUCAGACUUUCUUCAGUUAAGUGGAGGUUGUUUGGCCUACUCAGAGAUUUUGCCUUGGGAAGAUCAUCCAAAUGAAUACAAGAAAAUUGUGGAUCUGAUGGCCAGAUCCACAGCUCGUGUUGUCAUUGUAUUUGCACAUCAAAUACACCUGAUUCAUCUCAUGACAGAGGUGGUGAAACAAAAUGUGACAGGCUUGCAGUGGAUUGCCAGUGAAGCUUGGACAUUAGUUGGUGGACUCCAUACCCCUGAAUUUAUGCCAUUCCUUGGUGGAACACUAGGCAUUGCCAUCCGACGAGGAGAAAUACCAGGCUUUAGAGACUACUUGUUAAAAAUUAAUCCUGAAGAACAGAACAGUGAAAACAACAUGGUGAAGCAGUUUUGGGAAGAUACAUUUCACUGUAGAUUUUUAGCAGACUGGUUGGAAGAUGGUGGGACAGUUUGCACUGGAGAAGAAGAGCUUAGGAAUGCCGAGACUGAACUUUUGGAUGUGACUGAACUCAGGCCCGAGUAUAAUAUUUAUAAAGCUGUGUAUGCUCUUGCACAUGCCCUUGAUGACAUGCUGCACUGUGUUCCAGGGAGAGGACCUUUUAUUGGGCACAGCUGUGCUACUUUGCAAAAAUUAGAGCCAUGGCAGCUGAUGUAUUACUUGGAAAAAGUCAACUUCACAACUCCAUUUGGUGAUCAAGUAUUUUUUGAUGAGAAUGGUGAUGCCUUACCUAUCUAUGAUAUCAUGAACUGGCUGUGGCUCCCUGAUGGAAGCACUAAAGUUCAGAAUGUGGGUGAGGUUAAGAGGUCAGUUUUCAAAGGUGAAGAACUCACACUUGAUGAAAACAAAAUCUUCUGGAACUUUAAAUCAAACGAGCCACCUACAUCAGUUUGCAGUAAAAGCUGCCCUCCAGGAACACAUAUAGCAAGGAAGCGGGGAAAGCCUGUGUGUUGCUUUGACUGCAUCCCUUGCUCUGAGGGAAAGAUCAGCAAUAACACUGACUCCUUAGAGUGCACCAGUUGUCCAGAGGACUUCUGGUCAAGCCCCCAGCGAGAUCACUGUGUUCUUAAGAGAACAGAGUUCCUCUCCUACCAUGAGCCCCUGGGAAUAUGCUUGACAACCACCUCACUGCUGGGCACAUUUAUCUGUACUGUUGUUUUAGGAAUUUUCACAUAUCAUCGCAGCACACCUAUGGUGCGUGCAAACAAUUCAGAAUUGAGCUUUCUGCUUUUAGUGUCACUUAAGCUGUGUUUCCUGUGUUCACUGUUAUUCAUCGGAAGACCCAGACUUUGGACAUGCCAACUGAGACAUGCAGCAUUUGGGAUCAGCUUUGUGCUGUGUGUCUCAUGUAUCCUGGUGAAAACGAUGGUUGUUCUGGCUGUGUUCAAAGCCUCCAAGCCAGGAGGGGGAACCAAUCUUAAGUGGUUUGGCGCUAUACAGCAGAGAGGAGCAGUUCUGGUUCUUACUUCCAUUCAAGCUGCAAUCUGCACUGCCUGGCUUGUCUCUUCCUCUCCAACUCCACAUAAAAACACCCAAUACCACAAUGACAAGAUAGUGUAUGAGUGUGCAAUUGGGUCUACAAUUGGCUUUGCAGUGUUACUGGGUUACAUUGGCGUGCUGGCUAUCCUUAGCUUUCUGCUAGCAUUUCUAGCUAGGAAUCUUCCAGACAACUUCAACGAGGCCAAAUUCAUCACAUUCAGCAUGCUGAUCUUCUGUGCAGUGUGGGUGGCCUUUGUGCCUGCUUAUGUAAAUUCUCCUGGCAAAUAUGCAGAUGCAGUAGAAGUAUUUGCCAUCUUGGCCUCAAGUUUUGGGCUAUUGGUGGCACUGUUUGGACCCAAAUGUUACAUAAUUCUGCUGAAACCAGAGAGGAACACAAAAAAUGCAAUUAUGGGCCGAGAAACCACCAAGCCAUAAAAACAACAUCUGUAGUAUAUUGAGUAAAAAUAUAUUCAUAUUAAUGCAGCCAUAAUUUGUCCUUUUAAAUGUUUUCAUACAAUUUUACACAUUAGUAUUGUUUUCAUCGGAUUUGCUUUUACUGCACACAAUACAUUUAGAAAAACAUAUAAUAAUUAACUCCUUAUUUGUUUGUCAUUCUCUUUGGGAGUCAUUACAGUCUCAAAGUCCUUAUAGUAGCUUUUCCAUAGUCCAACAUGUUGCCAAGAAAAAUUAUAACUAAAAUUUCCCUUUAUUUGUACUAUAACAAGUACCCAUGCAUAGCUCCCACAUCAUUGAAAACAUCUCUGAAUAUCUGUCAGUGCACAACAUUACUGGUGCUGUGUGUCAAUUUUGGCUGCUGCUUAGCUUUUUAUGUAAACAUCUGCCAUCUUCAUGGUCAGAAAGAAGUGCAGUAACCUCUUGUUUAAUGUCUCUGAUGGUAUUAUAAUAGUUAACUGGUUGAAUACUUCACAGCUUUUAUCAAGCAAACUUAUUAUGGUCUACAGCAGGGGUGUCGAACUCCAGGCCUCGAGGGCCGGUGUCCUGCAGGUUUUAGAUAUCACCCUGGGUCAACACACCUGAUUCCUCUGGAGAAUUUCAAGACAUGUUGAGGAGGUAAUUUAGCCAUUUAAAUCAGCUGUGUUGGAUCAAGGACACAUCUAAAACCUGCAGGACACCGGCCCUUGAGGCCUGGAGCUUGACACCUGUGGUCUACAGCAAUAUAUACUGAUAUAGAUGACAGAUAUAUAUCUGUCAGUAUGGCCUUUUCAAAGAAGAGAACCUAUUGUCACAGAAUUCACAUAUGCUUUGAUUUUAGAAAAAGAUGACUAUAUCAAAACGUUACUCCUUUUCACCAUUUUAAAUGUACAUUUUCAACAAUGAAAAAUGUUAAUA